UUUUUUUUAUUUCAUAUUUUAUUUUUGCUGUCAAUGUCAUUGGUGUUAUGCGCAGCUAGUUAUAACAUUAUCCAAGCUACAAAGAGUGGACGAUGUCGUCAAUAAAAGUAGUAUCGGUGUUUCUGGUCGUUUGUAUGGGUAUAUCUGCCCAGAAUAUAUAUUUUAACUGUAGGCUACAGGGUCAUACAUGUUUAAAUGGAGGAACUUGUAAUGGAAAUACAGGAAUGUGUAGUUGCACACCAAGUCACCAAGGUUAUGAUUGUGGGCUAGCUAAAGAUUCCAUUGUAAGUACACGGUGUGAUCCACCGUGUCAAAAUGGAGUAUGCUAUGCCGCAGAGCCACAAAAUAAAUGCUACUGUUCUUCUGAUUCAUAUUUUGGAGAGGCAUGUGAACAAAGAAGAGCUCAAGUAGCAUGUUUUGGAGACAGGUUUAAUAUCACCAUUGUUCCUUUCCCACAAUUCUUUGGUACGGUGUACAUUAAAGAUAACAGAACGGACGAUGCAUGUAUGUUCACCCAAGUAACAGAUCCAGAUACAAAUCUGCAGAGUUACAAAGCCAGUCUAGAUUUUAACAGUGGUUGUUCAAUUAUGGAAGCGAAUAACGCACCUAAUCCAGAACAAACGACUUAUUCAACAGAGGUUACGAUUGGUAAUUCUCCAGUUUUCGAAACAGGGUAUGAUUUUGCGGUAAAGGCAGCUUGUAUAUUUUCUGACGCAGACAAUCAGAAUGUCAGUGCUGGGGCGGUACCGGUGGAUGAAAGAACUAAUUUUCCCAUAGACCAAACAUCAACAGUAUAUGAGCCAGUCAAGUUUACUACCCAAAGAGCGAACGGUAUGGCAAUAACACCGCCACUGUAUAUAGGAUCACCGCUCAAACUGUACUUCACACUCUUAGAUUUGCGAAAAUACACUAAGUUUCAAGUUGUCAAUUGUGAUGCAACGAACGGAUUAGAAAACAACGAUGAAAAGCGUGUAAGAAUUAUCGAAAAUGGGUGUCCAACAACUGAGGGUAAAGGCAUAUUUACAAGUUAUAUUAUAUAUGAUGAUAUUCCAUCUGUCUGUGUAUACUUCGAUGCCUUCCGUUUUCCAAAUUCACCGAUUGUAUCUUUUGCAUGUGAUGUAAAUGUCUGUAAACCUGAAGAUGAUUGUGCACCAUCUGAUUGCUCUGUGCAGGCCAGAACACGACGAAGUGCGGUUUCCAAUACAACUGGAAAGCAUUUUGCAGUCACAGGAUCAGUAACCGUAUUAACCCCAAAAGAAACAGACACAGGCAGCGAGCAUCCUACCGAUCAGCAGGAACUGGAACUAGACAAAGAGAACUGUCUUCAACAGCAGGAGAUUAUUGUUGUUGUGAUCAUGCUUGCUAUAACCGUGGUAUUUUUGUUGAUAGUUACCCUGUGUUUCUCUUUAAGCUUCAUUAAAUCUAAAUAUCGGUCACAGUUCACAGCUUUAUCCUCACCCCCUACUGCAUUAAACGAGAUAAGAAGACAAAGUUCAUGUUAAAAUUAAUACCAUAGUUGUGCCAAGUUGCAACUUACGGAAUGUUUAUUGUCCAUUUGAAUGAGAUAAACUACUUUUAUAGACCAAAUGAUACAACUAUCUGACAUGGUGGAUAUAAUCAGCAGUAGGAAAUGGAUAUUGGCAACUAGGUGACAGGACUCUAGUACUUCCGACUGUGUCCGAAACUCAACAUGAUCGAUUAAUAACAGACUCUAUUUAUUUAUUGGCGAACCGAUUUACGACGUAGUAUUCGAUCGUGAACUAAAAGGAAAACAUUCUUAACUAAACUUGCCUUUCGGUUAAUUUCCAUUAGAAAACGUUUGGCCUGUAUUAAUGCAAUAAUGUAAUUCCUGGAUUAAUGUAAUUAAUUCAUUCAUCUACCAACUCCCUGCAUGAUUAUGAAUAAAUCGGCAAGAAUUAUAGCAAGAACAAAACAAACAGAUAACAUGACUGUGGUCCUCAUUGAUUUAGAGUUAGACUGACUUCCAGUUAAUCAAAGAAAAGUUUUAAAGUAUCUAUAUUAGCUUGUAACGGUUUUCCUUGCCCCAUUUUAUUUAAGUGAGCUUUCAAACAGGUCAUUUUUCUGACUUCAAAUGUUAUUUAAAUUUAGACUUUUAUUCACACGGUAAGCCCACACUCUAGACCAUAUCUUCGGUAAACGAAAAAUAUGGAAACCACUCACGGAGACUGUCGACCUAAGGACUGAAAAUCGAGACAAUUACGGAGACAAUGGUAUUUGACAGUCGAGUCAAUUUAGGCUAUUUCUUGUCAAAACUUCACUGUAAAAUUUUUAACGUCGCUUAGAAUAAAGUAAUUUACUGAAA